AUGUCUGGGUCGUCAGCAGGGGACUCUGUUUCUCCUCAAUUCCGUGAACCCAACAUUGAUGACUUCAAAUUGUGGCGUGAUAUCCUUGAUUUGGUAUUAAAGUACAACAAAGAAAGACAACUCUGUUGGUUUACCGUAGCCACCCAGGAGCUCCAUGAUUUCGUGCACCACGAAUUGGCUGGGAAAUGCACUCCGGAGAUUGUAAAGAAAACGAUAAUGGAACUUGAAGCGAGGUUCAAGAAGGGUGAAUUUCUGCAAGUAAGAUCAGAGGUUGAAGCCGCUCCGGCCGCCAUGCAGUAUGAAGUUUCCGAGCUUGCUCACACGGUAUAUGGGGGUCAUUGGAUUGCGUACGGGAAUGAACACGUGGCCCGGGUUCUUGAUGAUCUGAAAUUCCGAUGCCUUGUUCUCGACCACGUCUUGGCAUACAAGAACGCCGGCCACCCGCCGGAUUCCUCCUCCCCGGAACUGCAUGAAUUCGUCCGGCGAGCAUUGUCGCCGGUGGACCAGUACCCACCGAAUUUGCGGGACAAGGUGGAGAAUGUGAGUGUUAUAAUCAUGGCGCUGGAGAGGAUGUUCAAGAACAACCAAAUGCCCGGAGACCUCCCUUUUGACCUUGCGGUUGCCUACACCGAGGGAGAACCGGCUUUUGACAUUGUCCAGGGCUAUGCUAAAGAGUGGGAGGCAUUCGUACUUUGCGAUAUGAUCUGGGGUGUUGGACAGCAGAACAGAAGCUGCAGCUUAAGCAGCAAAAGUGAAGGACUUGAAAAGGUGAAGAAAUUGGUGAUGAGAAGUGGGAUUCCCUCAAGAAUUACAUCUCCACACGAAUCUCUCCGAUUAGGGAACUGGGUUAAGCUCAUUUGUGGUGCCAGUUUUGAGGACUUGGCUGAUGUCAGGAAUCUCUCCCUGGUUUAUACUCUUGCUGGGGUUGAUUGCAUUGAUUGUGCUGCCGAGGCUGCAGUAGUGACUGCUGUAAAUGAAGGGAUUGAGGCAGCUAGAGCCAUUGUUCCCGCCAUCCACAGGCCUUGGGUUAUGGUCAGUGUUAAUGAUGAUGAGGAUCCUCAUUUCCGCAAAGCUGAAUUUGAUCCAAAUGAAUGUCCAUCGGAUUGCUCAAGGCCGUGUGAGGUUGUCUGUCCAGCUAAUGCAAUACUAAAAGAAAGCACAUCUGGUGAACUCCAGGGUGGAGUGCAAGCUGAGCGCUGCUAUGGCUGUGGCCGCUGCAUACCUAUUUGUCCUUUCGACAAAAUAAGUGUGAAUACAUACAUACGCGAUGUUAAUACUACUGCUGAACUUCUUAAGCGGCCUGAUGUCGAUGCCAUUGAGAUUCACACCAAUGGAAGGUAUGCAGCUGCUUUUCAAGAACUCUGGAAUGGUUUGGGAGAUUCAGUAGAUUGUUUGAGACUGGUGGCAGUUAGCAUGCCUGAUAUGAAGGAAUCGGCAAUAGUCACAAUGAACACUUUGUAUUCUGUAAUGAAAUCCAACUUAAGCUGCAUUAACUUGUGGCAGCUGGAUGGUCGUCCAAUGAGUGGGGACAUCGGGCGAGGAGCCACAAGGGCUGCUAUUGCAUUUGCUCUAAGUUUGGCCUCUACAACUGACAGACCUCAAGGUUACCUGCAGUUAGCUGGUGGUACCAAUGCUCACACAGUAGCCGGGCUCAGGAAAGAGGGACUAUUCCAAACUGCCGGGAUAUCAGGAAGUGAAAGAAUGCCUUCAGCUCCACAAUCUUCUAGCGCACCAAGUGCUUUAAUCGGUGGAAUUGCGUUUGGAGGCUAUGCAAGAAAGGUUAGAGGUCACUUCUGUCUCAGCUGUGUAUGCUUACGUUUUCUCGAAACCCCUUGUAUUUCGAAAGUGUCUUUUUUGGGUAAAAACUAGAUAGAUCGUGUCCCCAGGUGGUUGGAAGAGUUCUGGAAUCGAUACGGUCUGAUCAGCACCCAAAGAGUGCCUUUGCAUUGUUGGAGGAUUACCCUGAACAUCUCCUCAAGGCACUUGAGGAAUCUGUUGCCUUGGUUUCAACCGUUAAAAGCUACAACGUAUAGUAUAGCAGCCCUUGGAAUAACAAUGACAACUGAGUCUUUAUGUGAGUAAUACACAGGCUCCACUGAUAUUUUUACCUUGAAGCUGUCAACUGCAAGCAAAACCCCUUAUUUUCUUUCGGUGCCACCAUAAGCUUUUCGAUGGCAAGCAAGCAAUAUGAUGGUUGGAAAAGAAUCAAAAUUAUAGGGAGAAACUUUGAGGAAUAUCUUGCAUGUUUAGAAGUCAGAGAUGAUGUACAUAAACUGCCACCUCCCUCUGUUUAGUAACUUUUUUCUGGAUGCUUUAGCUGAUACUUCCUCCACAGUUAAACUCACAUAUACUAUUUCUUUCUGCACGUUGUACAUCAAAGAAUGUACUCUCUCGUCUCAUAAUUAUUGUCCAGUUUGAGUUAUUUUUAGUUUAAAUUGUAUUAAAAAUAAAAUCUUAAACCGAACAAUAAUUUUAGAAUAGAAGGAAUAACU